UCUUUGUACAACCAAAGAAUUUAUUGAACUUGGAAAUGUGGAAAACCGUUUAUGAUAUUAUGAGAUUUAAUUUUCAUGCUACUGAUUUAUUGGAAUUGGAAGAUGAUCAUCCCGAAAAAAAGAUGAAUUUGGGGGAAUAUUUAAAAGUACAUGGUUAUUCUUCGGCAUUCAAAGAUAAUUAUUUGUUACCGAUGACUGCGGCAAUUUGGUCUACUCCACCGGACAAAUGCGCGCUCGACUUCCCUGCAUUGACACUAAUACAGUUUAUGCAUAAUCAUUGUUUGCUUCAAGUGUUGAAUCGUAUUCAAUGGCUUACCGUAAAGAAUGGAAGUCGCAAAUAUGUGGAAACAAUUUCUCCACACAUUCACAAUGUACGCUUAUCGACGAAAGUUACAUCGAUUACACGUAAACCAUAUAUCCCCUCGGAUCCCUCCUCACCACCAAUCAUUACCAUCACAGAUAGCAACGGUAGACGUGACGAGUUUGAUCACGUGAUCUUUGCCACACACGCCGAUCAGGCUUUACAGAUUUUGGGCGAUCAAGCUACCGAGGAUGAAAAGCGAAUCUUGGGGAGUGUUCGUUUUAGUCAAAAUCGCGCCGUGCUACAUUCCGAUCUUUCGUUGAUGCCGAUAAAUCGUCUUGCAUUCUCGUCUUGGAAUUACAUUACUAAAUCUACCGAAACUUCCGUUAAUGUUGAGCAAAUUUCCUUAACUUAUGACAUGAACAUUUUACAAUCAAUCGAUAAAUCAGUUUACGGACCUGUCCUUGUAAGCUUGAAUCCUAUUUUCGAACCUGAUCCAUCAAAGGUCGUAGGUUCAUGGUUAUACGAACAUCCACAAUACACACCUGCGACAAUUGCAGCACAAGCUGAAUUACACACGAUUCAAAAUCUUCCAAACCUUGCCACAACAUUUGCAGGAGCCUGGACGAAAUAUGGAUUUCACGAGGAUGGGUUCACUUCAGGGUUAAAAAUUGCCAAGGAAUUUUUGGGUGCUUCAUCACCUUUUGAAAUAAUUGAUGCCACAUAUGUUAGGGGGAAACGAGCCGAUUUAAGUUUUGUAGAGGCUGUACAAAAACGAAUUUGGAUUGGAUUUGAAACAUGUGUGAAUCAUUAUACACAUUUACUUGCCAUAUUGUGUAUAAUGUUGGCAGUGUUGAAGGGUUUCGUCAAUUUAUUAUAA